AAACCAAAUCUUUCCAAAUAAAACUAGCUACUAAAUACUAGUAAAUACGUACUUAUGUAGUAGUAGCAGUUUAUGCGAUUCGCUCGAAAACAAAGGCUCGUGGAAUUUGUGGCGGACAUCAGUGGAUAAGAGGCAGAGGCGGAGGCGGCGGGGAGGAGGAGUGGCCUGGAUAAUACUCCGAAGAAAUGGUAGGCGCCGCCGCGGCGACACUUCGACCACGUCUGCUCUCACCGUUUGUCGGAAACUGUUCCUAUCACCAAUCAAAGCAACCCCUACAUCAUCUCUUUCGCCACAACCCAGGUCAUAAACAUAUAUCUAUGCGAUUAUCAAGAACAUUCACUGGAAUAACAAAUCUUUUAUUCAACAGAAGUAAUAGAAAUACAGAUGAAUUCCAAGACAUGACACAAAAACGUUUAAAACCAGGAAAAUUGUCCCCUAAACGCCUUGUUCCUGAUCAUAUACGAAAGCCUCCUUAUGUUGAUUCCAUGAAGCCACCUGGAAUUAGUAGUGGACCUCAAAUUCAUGAUGAAAAGGGUAUAGAAUGUAUGAGAGCAGCUGGGAAUCUUGCUGCACGAGUUCUUCAGUAUGCCGGGACAUUAGUAAAGCCAGGUAUUACAACAGAUGCAAUUGAUGAAGAAGUUCACAAGAUGAUUAUUGAUAAUGGAGCAUACCCUUCACCUCUUGGUUAUGGUGGAUUUCCAAAAAGUGUAUGCACUUCGGUAAAUGAAUGUAUUUGCCAUGGGAUCCCUGAUUCACGUGAACUUGAGGAUGGUGAUAUUAUCAACAUAGAUGUUACUGUCUAUCUCAAUGGUUACCAUGGUGACACAUCAGCAACAUUCUUUUGUGGAGAUGUUGACGAAAAGGCGAAAAACCUUGUGCAGGUAACUAAAGAAAGCCUAUACAAAGCAAUAUCAGUAUGUGCACCAGGAGUUGAGUUCAACAAAAUUGGCAAAAUCAUAAAUGACUAUGCAAAUGAACAUCGUUACGGUGUUGUGGAACAAUUUGUUGGUCAUGGGGUCGGGCGCGUAUUCCACAGUGACCCAGUUAUUCUACACUACAGGAACAAUGAACGUGGACGCAUGUUAUUGAAUCAAACAUUCACCAUUGACAAACAUCAGUAUCCGGUAUCUGUAUCUGAGUCUGGAUGUGUAUUUGGCAGAACCGAUGUUGACAAUGGGUAGCAUACACCCGAUAAUGUGGGAUGAUAAUUGGACAGUUGUGACAGAGGAUGGAAGUUUAUCGGCACAAUUUGAGCACACACUUUUGAUAACCGAAAAUGGUGUUGAGAUACUAACACAAUGUUAAUUGUAUUUGUGGGAUAAUAAAUUAAUAAUCACAAUCAUUUCUUUAAACGUUAUUCAUCAUAUAUUGUUUGUUUUAAUGUUUGUAAGAGAACGAUUUGUAUAUAUUAUGUAAUUUAUAUAAACAUCGUGUUAUUUAA